UGAAAUAGCCAAUCAUCUAACGGCUAUUUUGCGGUAGUCAGAAAUCUAUUUCCCGUGAGACAACGGUCAUACGGAGCUGCGUAUCCAUGACAGCCGUAUUAUUGUUGUUGGCUGUGCUAACAUUAGCAAGACAAUCCUCUGAGGUGGCGAAAGCCCGCUCCAUUACGUUAUAUUUUAAGAUGUAAACCUAAUUGAUUGGAAACGCCUGGACCACGCACUAUGAUAGCUAAUUUAGUGUAGCAAGGUUAAACCAACAGGAAAUGUCUUUUGAAGAAUUAUACAAUGUUCGUGCCUUAUUGAUGUUUUAACUGCCCGUCCAUGUAGCUAGCUAGCUAGCUAAUGUUAACGUUAGCUAGCUUAUUUUUAGCCUCCACCUCCUAACAUUAGCUGCAACCGUUAGAAACAACGUUAGCAUCUGUAGGCAAAGCCACGUCCAGCUUCCCUGCACUAAGGGCGUUUAUCUGCAGACUAGAGGAAAUGUCAGACCUCCCUCCAAACUGUUCCCAGCGAGUCCAGGAUGUGGAGGCAAGGAUGGGAGACGAGGGCGUGAGCCUAUAAAACGGAGACAAGGGAGAAUGAUUUCACGAUACAACAGAAGACCUGUAUCGCACAAACUUGAGAUUCGUGGGUUGUCUCGCAGCAGCCUCGACCACCACCCUCUCCCAGAGGAAGCAGACGAUAACCAAGCACCUCAUCGUUACCUCCAUGAUCUCCAGGAAGCUGUCUCCGCUCACAACAGCUCAGAGACAUCUGCUGCCUCAGGCCACUCUGACUGUCCCACUGUCAUCUCAGUAGACUCCAACCAGUCCUGGUCAGGUAUCCACAGCUCCACAGGCACUGGCAUCUCCACAGAGAGGAGCUCUGUUUUCUCCUGGGGCUACGAUGAGUUCGACAAAGCAGCAUCACGGCAGGUGCAGCAUAUGUUUGAGGAGAUUGACAAAUUUCUGUACGAGGGGAGAGGCAGCGGGGGAGGGAUACUCCAGGGCCUGCAGGAUGAAUGUCAGCAGUGGGCCACACGUUUCCCACAUCUUCGGAUCCUGGGGACUCAGCUGAUGUGCCCCAGUGAUGAGGGCUUCCAGUGGUAUGCUACCUCAGGGAAAGGCAGCUCUGCCAGCAGCCCAUCAGCAGGCAAAGAAAGCAGUGUGAAGUCCCAGGAGAAAGAUAAAGGUGGCAUAGAGUUGAACGUACAGGGCAGGAGAUUGGCGCUGAUCAAGUCCUCCUCAGCCGAAUUGGAUGAGCCUCCUGGCACCUCCAGUGGCUCCAGCAGUCAUGACAAGCCGAGAGUGAUUGAAAUGGAGGGUCUGAUGGAGGAAUACCUGGCUUUCGAUAGCAGGGACUUGGAGGAUGAGUGGGAACUGGAUUGUUCGGAGUCCGGUCGGAGGCAUCACUGUCUGCCCCCUGUCUCUCCAUACGGCUGUCGCCAUCAAGCUGUUCUCGACCUGCUGUUCGAUGAUGUGUGGUGGCAGCUGGUUGGUUGGAUGAAAGAGCUGGUUCAACGCCACUGGGAAUGCUGCACCUCAACAGUUGAUGAAAAGAUUUCUGGGAACUUGAGCCCCGUGCAGCAAGAUUCCCAGAAUCCCUUCACUCUGCUCUCCAUGCUGCCUACGAUGCUGCCCAAACUCGGCCAGAACAGGGUGCCCCCGCUCACAGCUGGCCUGCAGUUCCAGAACACAAAGUCAAGGGGCUCAAAGCACAAGUCCAGACGGAAAUCCAAAAAGCAGAAAAGACCUUCCACUGCUGGAAGGGUCCCGGUAGGAGCAGCAGCGACCCAGCACAACCUAAAUGACCUCAUCGUGAUCCAUAGCAUCCCCCUGCAGCAGAGGAACCUGGGUGUGCUGGAUAGAAACCUGGAGCCAGAAGAGCGGACGUCUCACAGACCAGGCUCCAGCGUGGUCCCCUCCAGCAAGCCUCGUCCUCGCCGAACCCUGGAACAGAGCUCUUCCUCGCUGCCCCGCCUGGCACAGUCUGCCCGACGCAGAAACCCCCCUCCCCGAACCCUCCUGCCGCUGGUUCCCAGCCUCAGUCAGUCCAGCGCAGCAGUAUCGAUGGAUGAGGUCAUCCGCGGGACACGUCUACCCACAGCCAGUGACCGCCUGACGUCUCCGCUGUUGCCUCUGAGCAGGAACACACUCCUUCCCCCUAUCAGCGGCGGAGACGCAGAGUCAUCUCACUUGGGACAGCAGUCCAAACCUGCACAGCGUCAGAAAGGCCCGUCCAACCGCGCCCACAGUGCUAUAAAUGAUGAAGCUGGCAGUUCAAUACCAAGGGAUCGUCACCACCUACUGGACGUCUUCUCUCGCCCCAACACCACUCACACAUACAGGUCGGACACUCCGUAUCGUCGUUCCUUCACAGUAUUGGACAACAUCAACCAGGGGCGGCCAGGCAGAGCCUCUGUGGCCACAGACUCUCUUGGAAUCGGUGUGACUGGCAUCAGUCUUGGCAUCAGCAGCUCAUCUUUCUUGGACUCGUUUUCCCACCACCCCUUGGGGCACUUGCCCAUCAAAGACGAAGAGGAGCCAGACCCACAAGCCCCUGUUCCAGCGCAACUGGUGCCCGUGUCAGUCCCACCUCGGUCUUACACCAGGGCUGGCAUCUCAUCCAGAGCCAGCAGACCUGGCUUGUAGUUUGCCUCCAGACCCUUCAGCCAUUCAUCUUUAUUCACCACAACAAAGUGCAACACUCUGCAGCAUUUGUGCCCACCAAACAAUUUUUUUUUUUUUUUUUUUUACAGAAGUAGCAAAAUAGUUUUUUUUCAUAUUAUGCUGCUUUGGUGACAUUUUUGUUACGAGGCCUAUUUUUGUAUUUCAGAAAUCAGCUUAUGUGGCUGCCAAACACAUUUUAACUCCAUCUUCAUGUACAGUAUGAGCUGUAUGCGUGGACAUUUGUAACAUGUAUAUAUGUAUGAUCUGAAUGUGUAUUUAUCUACUUAUAUGUGAAUGUACAGUAUAUUAUCCUCCUUGGUGUGUUGUUGUACUGGUAAAUCACUAUGCAGGAAAUAACACAUACAUCCAGGCAGGGAUAUAGGGGAUAAAAAGCACUUUUUCCCCUCUCUGAUGCUACAACAGAGAGUUUGGUACUGUAUCUUUUAUAAGGACACAAUUUUCAACCACCCGGCUGUUA